AAGGGAGGGUUUUCGUCCUCAGUACAAAACUCUUCCACUCAACUGUUUUUUUUGGAAACUUCAGGAUUCUUUCCUCAGCUCCAUGGAGAGAUAUCCAGCCCAUGCCUCCCCUCAGGGACCACAACACUCCGGGGCUGGGACAUAAUGAGGCCGACCAGUCCCUCGGGGCUCUGCCUCCCUACACGAAGUUGGACGUGGGCUACAAACUUGGUGACUGUUUCUUUAUUCUUGCAGCUGCCUCCACGGGCCUCCCAGGCUCCCAGCCACUUCCGGGAAAGUCCCGCGUCUGAGAUCGGGAUUGGACCCCCUCUGGAAAACUCAAGUUUGUUCCAUAGAAGCAAAGGCCAGGAGCUCAGCUUCAAUCUGUCAGUUCUUGCAGACAGAUCCGUUGACCUGCCUUUCCUCUCAUCGAAGGCUUCGCAUCAUGCAAAUGGAUGUCAUGUCUGGCAAGGACCCCCAGCUCUUUGCCAGGGGCUCCUGGAAGAAGUUCCUUUGGAAGAUCAGGACCUCUCCUACAAGAAGUGGCUUCAUAUAGAGAACUACCAUUACAACAUAGCAGCUGAAGUAUCACUUGGAAAGGAAAAUGGCAGAAGAACUGGAGAUUCUGACCUGUUCUUGACUUCAGCAGCCUCAGAUGAACCUUGGCGUCAUUCAUUAUUUUCUCUAAUAAGUUCCUGGACCAAGAAGACUUUAUUCAAAAGGGAUUCUUCUAUCACACACCACCUGCAUGAAGAUGUUUCUAGAGUUUCUGUGUCUUCUGAUUAUGGAAUAAUUUUCCAGAAAUGUGCAAUGGUGUCCCAGCAGAGUGAGGCUGAGACUGCCUCCGUGAGACUUCUCAUUAAUAAUACCAAGACGCCAUCUGCAGCCAAUCUCUCUGAUCUUGUCUUGCUAGACAAUAUUACAGGUCUCACUCUACUGGAAUCCUCUGGAAAUAAGACUUCAGAAGGAUUUCAGGUAUUCAGAAAGAAAUUUCUCCAAGCUGGUGAUUUUUACUCAGUAAGCUACAGUGCCCUGCUGAAGGCCAAAGAAGCCAGAAACAGCAAGAUUCUGAGUCUCCCUGCCCACCUAACAUUUCAGAGUCUAUCCCUGAACAAAACAGAAUUGAAGGCACUUUUGACUAUAAGAAGACAAGAAAAGACAAAGGUUUCACCAAACCAUGGUGCGCACACAGCAGGAUUUUUCAUUGCAUUUCUGGUCUCUCUAGUACUUACCUUUGUCAUAUUUUUAUUUAUGUCUCAGUCUCAAUGUUUCAAAUGGAACAUCUGUAAUAAAAAUCGGGUUCAACAGAGCCCUCAUCAAGAAAGCAAGCUGGAGUAUUCACAGUUCACUUCAGUAGAUGGUGUGAGUGAAGAAUUCGCCAUUGGUGACCAAAUCAUUGACAUACUAUUGUCUGAGGAGCCAGCGAGCAUGGUGCAAGCCUUAGAAGACAUGGAGAUAGCUACCCUGACCCGAGCAGAUGUGGACUUACAGGCCUGUCGCAUGCAGAUUAGCAAAGAUAUAAUUGGUAUGUUAUUGAAAAACCUGAUUCUCAGUGGCAACCUUUCACCUCACAUGGAGAAAAGGAUGAGUUCAGUUUUCAAAAAGCAAUUUCUCAAGAUGGAGACCGAAGUCCAAGAAGAAUAUGAUCGAAAGAUGGUGGCCCUGAAUGCGGAGUGCAACCUGGAGAUGAGGAAGAAAACAGAGGCUCAGUGUCAGAGGGAGAUGGUGGCGAUGGAGGAAGCUGAGGAGCUGCUGAAGCGCGUCAGUGAGAGAUCUGCUUUAGAAUACAGGAAUCUGCUGCACAAUCUCCACCGAAGGGAGCAGGACCACUUGAGGAAGUCACUCUUACUCAAACGGGAGGAAGAUUUUGCAAAAGCUUACAGGGAAUUGGCAAUUUUCCAAAGGAAUGAACUACACAACAUCUUUUUUACACAGAUAAAAAGUGCUGUUCUUAAGGGAGACCUAAAGUUGGAAACUACUAAAAUGCUUCUUCAGGAUUAUUCUAAAAUACAGGAGAAUAUUGAAGAAUUAAUGGAUUUUUUACAAGCUAAUAAGAAAUAUCACUUGAGUAAGCGAUUUGGCUAUAGAGAAUACCUGAUACAAAGCAUACAAUCAUUAGAAACAUGGAACCAAAGCCUUCUGAACACAGCAACAGCUCAGAUAACAAGCCUGAUCCACAAAAAUGAGAGAGCUGGGUAUUUAGAUGAAGACCAGAUGGAAACACUUUUGGCUCGAGCUCAGGCAGAAGUUCUUUCUGUUCAACACAAAUUGGAAAAUGAUUUGAAGCAAGAAAAGAAGAAACUUCACCAAAAGUUAACAAUUAAGAGAAGACGUGAAAUGAUGCAAAAGCAAAAAGAAUUGCGGAAAGAACAGCUUUCCAUGCGGGAUGCCAUUAGAACCUCUGGAGAGGUUAGCCAUUACUUGAUCCACUGGCAGACCAUACUAGCUGACCACAACGCCACACUGGAAGAGCUGGUUGAAAGGCUUGAACAUGAUGCCCUGGAAGAACUGAAGACCCUGAAACAGGGGCUUAUCACAAAAGCAGCUGACGAGAUGAGACGCAUCCAGAAUGGGGUGAUGACCCAAGAGUUACUGAAACUCAAUGUACCCUGGCUCUUCUUGCAGCAGAUCCUAGAGGAACACAGCAAAGAGAUGGCGACUCACACUGAGCAGCUUGAAGGAGAAGAAAGGGGCAAGAGUCAAGAUUAUCUCCAGAACCUGAAGCAAAACCUGAAUGAUGAACUGGAGAGACAUGUGGCAGAACAGAAGGAAUUAAGGCAUUGGGAACAGUUGGUAUUCAUGAAGCUUCUGUGUUUACCCCUUUCAUUAUCUGAAGAAGAAUUACUUAAAAUGAGGCAAAAGUUUCAUAGCUGCUUUGCUCAGAUGGACAACAGCUUAGCCUUGCCUCGAAUUCGGGCCCGGGUAUUGCUACAGAAUUUUCAGUCAGAUUGGAGAGAAUCCGAGUUCCUGAAAGUGGACCAAGCCUUCACGGCUCCAGAUAUUCAGCAACAAUCUAAAGUCAAAAAGCAGCGUGCCAAGAAUAAAAGGAAGAUAGACAUUUUGAAGAAAUGUGUGGAAGAUAAAAUUCAUAUCUUUUCAGAACAGGCUAGUGAAUAUCUCCUUGAGAAGGUCCACAGGGAGUUGCUACUGGAAAGAGUUUGUCAGCUAAAGGCUCAGGAGGACAGACUUGGGGAGUAUGUGACCUCUGUUCAGCUCCACAAGGUAACAAAGAAAUGGAAGACACAGGAGGUUUACACCACUCUCAGCACUGUUCAGGGUUUGCUGUUGGAAGAGCUGAGCACAUCGGAAACCAUGACAAAGUCAGCCUGUACUCAGAUCCUGGAAUCACAUAGUCCAGAGAUUGAGGAGCUCGAUAGGAAGCUGGAAUAUGAAUUGGUACACAGAGAGACUGUGCUGCAGCAGCAGGCCAUCAUGAACAGACAGCAGUGGAUUUCUGAAGGACUUGGCCUUUUGAAUGAAACUGGAGAAAUGAAUUCAGAAAGGCAGAUUUCUGCUGUGUUGUGGCAAGCCGUGACAAAGUCUCAGAAGGUAUUAGAACUUCAUAAUCAAAGUUUAAGGGAAGAACAGCAGAAUAGCAUUGUGCUUGAAGACUUGCUGGAGAACAUUGAGAUGGACACCUUUUUGACCCUCUAUAAUCAGGAGCUUCGAUUGGCAUCUUAUUUAUCCAAACUGACAAUGGUGCCAGUGGGGAUGUUGCACAAGCUACUGAACUUCAUGCUGCCUUCAAGUUCACAGACAGAGCUUCUCUCUGUUCUGGAUGCAGUCAGUGAGAAGUAUGCAGACAACCUCAUUGAAAGUGACAACAAUGGAGUGCCUCCAGACAGCAGUAUGAAGAGGAAGCACCAGGACCUGUGGGAAGCUUUAGAGAUCAAACUAAGACAAGAUCUGAUCAGCACAGGAUUAGAAAAGAUGCUUUCAGCUCAGAAGAAGAAAGAGAGCAUAUUAAAGAAAACACGCCGACCCCUUUUGGAGAGAGUGGCAUUGUUCAGAAGAGAAUGUUUGCCUAAACUUUCAGCAGAUGAUGUGGGCCAGUCCUCUGAAGUCCACAUUAGAGGUUCAGGAACAAGUGACUUACUAAGCACAGGUGAGAAACUCUUCAUAUUCAGAUAUCCAGAAGAGCCUACAAUCUCUCUGUGUGAUUCAUCAAAGAGAAAGAAGAAGAACUUUCUCAACUCCAAGAAGGCCUCAUUGGUUACCUCAACUUUUAGGAGUAAGGAAAGCACACCAAUUUACCCUUCCACUGAAAAUCAGAACAGUGACCUCUAAAUACCAAUAAAAGUUUAAAUGCCUUUGUAUUUUUUAUAAACCUUACUAUAAAUUGCAAAUAUGAAAAAGAUGCACACACAUCCAUUGGCCCAGUUUCUGUUUUAAUCUUGGCUAGAUGGAAUAAAUCUGAAAAAAAAAGACUUCCCAGGGAUCAUUUGCUUUCUGGGGAGGCCCCUCUAGAGUAGGGUGCAAAAUGAAGCCAAGACAGUGGCAUUGUGCAUGACAAAUAGACUUAAAAGCCUUCUUCAGUUUUCCCCAACAUUUGGCCAGGGUUACCUCUAGUAUGUUAAAAGAAAGGAGCCAUUGGACUGCAUUUGCUAAAGUGAGUCAUUUUCUUCUGUUUAUUACGACAUUUUAUUUUUAUGUAAAUAUGGACUAUUUUUAAAUAAAUUUCAUCUUGAAAUAAA